AUGACGAAGGAUGGCCUCCUUUGUAUUGUCAUGUUAGAUGAAUAUGAACACAACAUCCAAUUCUGGGUGUGGGAUACAGUUCUUAGCAGUGCUGCAAAGUGGGUGCUGCGCAAAACUGUUCUGCUGGACAUACCCCUCCCACUAGAACUGCAGUUGUAUUGGCCGGCGUUGAGAAUAGUGUGGUUUAAGGAGGAGAACAAUGUGAUCUUCCUGUGGACACAUACUGGCAUCGUCAUGUUCAACCUGGAGUCGAUGAAGUGUAUGAAGGUGUCUGAAGAAAUUCGCUACAACAAAAUUUAUCCUUACUCAAGCUUCAUGACUGCUGGUAGAGAUGUUGGCCUGUUGUCUGUUGAUGAGGUGCAUGAUAGAUUCACCAAGGCAAUUCUCCAGAUCCUCACAAUUGGUUGUAGUAUCAAAGAGCCAACCAUCCUUGGUCCAUGA